GACACCCCCUCUACCCUGGGCAGUAUGUCUACAGGGAUGUGACUUUGUGGGGUAGAAGGCUGCUCUCUUUUCGAGUUCUGCAGCUUCUCCUGGAAGGAAGCCUCGUGAUCCCGAGCCGGGCCAGUCGACGUGCCGACCAUGAACAGUUCCGCAGCGGAACUUCAGUCCGGGAACGGGUGCCUGGCUGCCGGGGAGGAUCAGCUUCAGCACUACGGACAGUUCUCCCCCGGGGUCUCCAUUCUCCUGGCCGUUGUCAUGGCUCUCAUGGUCCUCGCAACAGUCCUGGGGAAUGCCCUGGUCAUCCUGGCUUUCAUCGUGGACAAAGGACUCCGCACCCAGGGCAAUUUCUUCUUCCUCAACUUAGCGAUCGCAGAUUUCUUAGUGGGUGGCUUCUGCAUUCCUCUGUAUAUCCCCUAUGUCCUGACCGGCCACUGGAAGUUUGGGAAAGUCCUGUGCAAGUUGUGGCUAGUGAUGGAUUACCUCCUAUGCACAGCUUCUGUCUUCAACAUUGUGCUUAUCAGCUAUGACAGAUUCAUCUCUGUCACCAAAGCGGUGUCUUACAGAGCACAGAAAGGAAUGACUCGGAGCGCGGUGUUAAAGAUGUUGGUGGUUUGGGUGGCAGCGUUUCUGCUGUAUGGACCAGCCAUCAUUAGUUGGGAAUACAUUGCCAGGUCCACCAUUUUACCGGAAGGAGAAUGCUACGUGGAAUUUUAUUACAACUGGUACUUUCUAAUGAUCGCCUCCACCGUGGAAUUCUUCACGCCCUUCAUCAGCGUUACAUAUUUUAAUCUGAGCAUCUACAUCAACAUCAAGAAAAGGACCAUCAUGCGAAACGAAGAGUUGGCCCAAGGGCAGGAGCAUUGUGAGAUGACUUUCCAGGGCAAGAGGAAAGAACACCUUAUAUUUUUUGUGAAGCCUGCAGACAAGCUACACUGUGAGACUAAAAAACAGACCACCUGCCUGACUUCUACAAUUGCUUCGACUGCAAGACACAGGGAAGAGAAACUUGAAGGCCACAUGCUGGACCUCAACAUUAGUCAAGAUCUCCCACCGCUACAGGUUGAGGUCCAGAACAAAAGACCUCAAGACUGCUUUUACAAAACUGUUGAAAAUGCUUGCAGUAAUAUCAGACAGGACAUGGCUAGUAGCAUUGCCAAUCGUUUUAGGCUAUCCAGAGACAAGAGGGUGGCCAAGUCCCUGGCUAUCAUUGUUUGUGUAUUUGGCCUCUGCUGGGCACCGUACACGUUACUGAUGAUAAUCAGGGCUGCUUGUCAUGGGCGCUGUGUCCAGCACUAUCUCUAUGAGAUAUCCUUUUGGCUUCUGUGGCUUAACUCAGCCAUUAACCCUGUGUUAUACCCUCUUUGCCAUAUGAGUUUCAGAAAAGCUUUCAUGAAGUUGCUUUGUCCAGGAAAGGUAAAAAUACACCCACACUUAUUUUUGUAA